AUCAAUGAUGAUGAUGAUGAUGAUGAUGAAGAAUAAAAAAAGUCAAGAAGUCCACCAAAGCACGCGCUUCUUCCAAUCGAAAGAAAAGUCACCUUCCCUUUCCCUUCGAGUUCAAUUUCCCACUUCUUCCCUUGUUCUUCCCAUUCAACAUCCUUUUCAAUUGUUUCGUUCUUGUCCGUCCCUUUUCAAAAAGGGUUUUUCCUUUUUAUCCAGAAUUCUGUGGUCUUGCUCUUUUGAUUGAUUCAUCCCAUUUCUGCUUUCUUUCUCCUGGGCGUCGUUUAAAGUUUCAAUUUUGACCCGAUUUCGUCUGCCCCUUUGAUCUUUUAUCCGUAACCCAGAUGUGAUUCUUCUUCUCUGCAUUCCGUUCAGUGCCCGAUCCCUUUUGAUCUUACUCUGUUUGCUUCAUUCAUCCGGAGGGAUUCUUGAUGAUUCUUUGAUAAAGCCAUUCGAGAGUUCACUGGGCCCACCUUCUUCUUCUUCUUCUGGUUCACAAUGAAGCUGUACGUGCGUGUGAUUGAAGCAAGAAACUUGCCGGCAAUGGAUCUCAAUGGGCUCAGCGACCCGUACGUGAGGCUGCAGCUUGGGAGGCAUAGGUUCAGGACCAAAGUGGUGAAGAAGAGCUUGAACCCCACCUGGGCCGAGGAGUUCAGCUUCAAGGUCGAGGACUUGAAGGAGGAGCUCAUCGUGUCCGUGUUGGACGAGGACAAGUACUUCAGCGAUGACUUCCUGGGGCAGCUCAAGAUCCCAGUCUCUCGGGUCUUUGAUGCAGAUAACGGGUCCCUCGGCAAUACUUGGUAUGCCCUGCAGCCCAAGAAUAAAAAGUCCAAGAAGGAAUGUGGUGAAAUUCUUUUAUCUGUAAACUUUGCUAACAGCAGUGCUUUCACGGAAAUGAAUGGAGGCGGGGACCAUGGGCCCUCCAUUCGGAAGCACACAGACGGAUCAGUAGAUUCAGCUUCAGUUUCUUUUAACAGCUCAUCGACAAUGCCUUCCCCUGCACGAGGAGAUGAAGUUUCAUCAAAGGAAGAAAAAUCAUGUGCUCAGAAAAGCUUAGCAGGUCGUCUAGCUCAUAUUUUUAACAAGAGUUCAGACUCGUCCCCAGCAGCCACAAGCAGGGGAAUCGACCUGCCGGAAGGGCCUGAACCUGCAAUGUCAGAGUUUUCUGAUACCCAGUCUGAGGAACAAUCUUCUUCAGGAACUUUUGAGGAGGUAAUCAAAGUGAUGGAGUCUCGAGAUCAGGGAAGCGAGAUCCCGAGCAAUCUGCCUGGGGGAGUAUUGUUGGACCAACUUUAUGUUAUCGCUCCCUCUGACCUCAACACGCUGCUCUUCUGUCCUGAGUCAAGUUUCCCAAGAUCGUUGGCAGAACUCCAGGGGACCACGGAGCUUCAGCUAGGGUCGUGGAAGUUUGAGAAUGGGGAAGAAAGCCUGAAGAGGGUGGUUACUUACAUUAAGGCUGCAUCGAAGCUAAUAAAGGCCGUAAAGGGUACUGAGGAGCAAAGUUACUUAAAGGCAGAUGGGAAGGUAUAUGCUGUAUUGGCAGUCGUAAGCACUCCCGAUGUUCCUUAUGGGAGUUCAUUCAAGACAGAACUUCUCUACUGCAUUACGCCCGGGCCCGAACUUCCCUUGGGGGAACAAUCCUCCCGACUGGUUAUAUCAUGGAGAAUGAAUUUUAUCCAGAGCACGAUGAUGAAGGGCAUGAUCGAGAACGGAGCCCGUCAGGGUUUGAGAGAGAGCUAUGAGCAGUAUGCAAGCUUGCUGGGUCAGACGGUCAAGCCUGUGGACUCAAAGGACAUUGGAACAGAUAAGGACCAAAUCCUAGCAUCUCUACAAGCGGAGCCACAGUCUGAUUGGAAGCUUGCGGUGCAAUACUUUGCAAACUUCACGGUGAUAUCAAGUUUCGUGAUGGGGCUAUACGCACUUGUACAUGUUUGGCUCGCAGGGCCAAACGUGAUUCAGGGUUUGGAGUUUGUCGGGCUCGACAUGCCCGAUUCGAUUGGGGAGUUCAUUGUGGCCGGUAUAUUGGUUCUUCAAGCGGAACGGGUCCUUGGGAUGAUAUCACGAUUCAUGAAGGCACGAGCACAAAAGGGAAGUGAUCAUGGUGUCAAAGCUCAAGGAGAUGGGUGGUUGCUGACGGUGGCCUUGAUUGAAGGAAGUAAUUUAGCGGCUGUCGAUACAACUGGCUUUUCUGACCCAUAUGUAGUCUUUACAUGUAAUGGCAAGACAAGAACAAGCUCAAUCAAGUUUCAAAAAACCGAUCCUCUUUGGAAUGAAAUAUUUGAGUUUGAUGCAAUGGAUGAUCCACCUUCUGUGCUUGAUGUGGAAGUUUUUGAUUUUGAUGGACCUUUUGAUGAAGCCACAUCUUUGGGACAUGCUGAGAUCAAUUUUGUGAGGACCAAUAUAUCGGACCUUGCUGAUGUAUGGAUUCAGCUUAAUGGAAAGCUUGCCACAGCAUGCCAGUCAAAGCUACACCUCAGAAUCUUCCUCAACAACACUAAAGGAAAUAAUGUGGUGAGGGAAUACAUAAGUAAGAUGGAGAAGGAGGUUGGGAAGAAGAUAAAUGUACGAUCUCCACAGACUAACUCGGCCUUUCAGAAGCUCUUCGGUCUCCCCCCCGAGGAGUUUCUCAUCAACGACUUCACCUGCCACUUGAAACGCAAAAUGCCUCUCCAGGGUCGGCUUUUUCUCUCGGCGAGAAUUAUUGGCUUCCAUGCAAACUUAUUUGGUCAUAAAACCAAAUUUUUCUUCCUUUGGGAGGACAUAGAAGAUAUUCAAUUCCUGUCUCCAACACUUGCAUCUAUGGGAAGUCCAAUCGUUGUCAUGACUUUACACCGAGGCAGAGGAUCGGAGGCAAGACACGGGGCAAAGACUCAGGAUGAGGAAGGCAGGCUCAAGUUCUAUUUCCAGUCUUUUGUAUCUUUUGGUGUUGCACGCAGGACUAUCAUGGCACUUUGGAGGGCUAGAGCUCUGAGUCCUGAGCAGAAGGUACAAAUAGUCGAAGAAGAAUCUGAAGCCAGAAGCCUCCAGACCGAGGAGAGUGGAGCCUUCAUUGGUGUUGAGGAUGUUACCUUGUCAGAAGUUUAUUCUUCAGUUCUCUCUGUUCCUAUUGGUUUCUUCAUGGAGGUUUUUGGUGGAGAGGAGCUGGAACUUAAAGUUAUGGAAAAAGCGGGAUGUGUUAAUUAUUCUUACUCUCCAUGGGAAUCAGAGAAGCCUGAUGUAUACGAGAGGCAAAUAUAUUACAGAUUCGAUAAGCGUGUCUCCCGUUACCGGGGAGAGGUGACAAGUGCACAACAAAAAUCUCCCCUCUCAGACAAAAAUGGUUGGCUUGUCGAAGAGGUGAUGACCCUCCAUGGAGUUCCUCUUGGUGAUUAUUUCAAUCUUCACCUUAGAUACCAAGUCGAAGAUUCACCCUCGCGAUCAAAGGCUUGUCAUGUUCAGGUAUUCUUCGGCAUUGCAUGGCUAAAGAGCACUCGGCAUCAGAAGAGGAUCACAAAGAACAUCCUUCAGAGCCUGCAAGAGCGACUGACGGUUAUGUUUGGUGCCCUCGAGAAGGAGUUCUCAACAAGACAAUGAGGAAAGACUUAAAUAAUGGAUUUUACUGUUAGUUAGCUUAUGCUUCACCCAUCAUAGGAGGUCCAUCUGGCAUCCCUCAAUGGUGGAAUACGAUGGAGGUUCCUCUGUUACUGAAACUAAGAACCACAUGAUCUGCCGAGGUAGGUCAAUGGUCCUUCUUGAUUAAUUUAUAGAGCUGACAAGCGCAAAAAGCCAUCGGCCAUCUGAGAAGUUAUUCUUUUGUGGACAAUGAACGUGGCCACAGGGGACGCCUGUAGCAUAUGUUAUACGAAAAGGAGAGUUGCUCGCAUGAUGAACAUGUUUGCUGCUGAUCCUCAGUUUCUCGGCACUCACAUCAUGCAUUUAGGAAGCUCGGAGACCUCAGCAUGGUUGUAAAUAUGUAAGUUUUGGAGAUGAAUUGCGACUGCCCUGAUGGCCAGUACUUUUGUACUUAAUGGAAGAUAAAAUUUACAGCCUUUUCGAAGUCGGACUUAAUCGGCUAAUAUUUCAAGCCGAGGCUUCAUCAUUGUAUUGACUCGGAUGAAAACUUCUGUAAUAUGAAGAGCUUUUUCAAUGAGUCCAGAGUUUAGAGCA